AUGAGAGAAGAUAUAAAAAUACUUUCGGUAGACUACAGUGAAUUCAUGUGUCCGAUUUGUUCUCAAGUUUUCUAUAAGCCAAUCAAAACAAUUUGUGGGUAAUGAUUAAAUUUAAAUUUAGACAUAACUUUUGUGUUAGAUGUAUCAUUUAAUGGACAAAAAAAAAGAAGCAAUGCCCUUGUUGUAGAAGAUUGUAUUAAAAUGCCACUUUUUAUUAAACAGAUGAAAUUAUGGCUUAGACAGUCGAGAAAUUAGAGAUUGCAUGUUUAAAAUGCAAUAACUGGAAUGGAUAGAUCAAAGAAUUAAAAAUUCAUCGUUUUGAUCAAUGCACAUCAUUUUAAUAACAAAAUAAAUCAAUUCAAUACUAAAUUGUAGAAGAGGAUCCUUAAAACCCUACAUAGGCUAUUAUGGAAGAGCUUCUUUCAAUAAAAAGUUAAUAGAAUUUUAUUAAGCUAUUGGAAGUGGAAAAUGAGGAAUUUUGGAUAGAAGCAAUUCCAAUUAGAUAAAAAAGAAUUAAGAAGUAUCAAAAGAAAAAAAGUAAUAAAAAAAUAAAAAAUUAAGAAGAUGAAGAUGUUUAACUCCUACAAGAAGAUGAAAUAAUUAAACUAAAACAUUCGAAAAAUUAUAUUAUGAAACAAAUAAAUAAAAGGUAUUAUUUCUAAAAUAAAUUCUUAAAAGAGAUGUUUGAAAAGAAUUAUAAACCUGAAACUAAAUACUUCUUCUCAUAACUUAUUUUAUAUAGGAAUCUUUUUUUAUUCCAUAUUUUGAUUACAAAACAAAUUUGA